UGCGGGGAAGGCGCCGGGCGGUCACAAGGCUGAAGACAGCCGAAGACGGAGCUGGGAGAGACCGGCGUGGCGUCGAGCCGUGCCAGUGUGCUGUGCCUCCGCCGCCUCCCGCUGUGCGCCACGUGCCCGCCCUCCGCCAUGGCGGCAGUAUGCCCGGGCAGCAGGAGCUAGAGACCCUCCGGCGCCGCGUUAUGGACGUUUACUGGGGGCUCGGCCGUCACUCGCCUGCCGGCAUGGAGGGCACCACCAUGUGCUGGAGUAAGGCCAGGUUCAUCAGCUUCAUCAAGGACCUGGCAUCACCAGUGGGGAACGGAUACGCCAAAGCCCCCCCCAUCCCUGUAUCCAGCGUCCCGGGGGAGAAGGAGCCUCCCGCUAUGUUGCCCCUCAGCGUGGACCCCGAGAGUCGGCCCGGCGAGUACGUCCUCAAGAGCCUCUUCGCCAACUUCGCCACGAUGGCCGAACGCAAGAUCCGCAUCGUCAUGGCCGAGCCGCUGGAAAAGCCGCUGACGAAGUCGCUGCAGAGGGGCGAGGAUCCACAGUUUGAUCAGCUGAUCAGCACCAUGAGCUCGCUGGCGGAGUACUGCCUGCCUUCCAUGCUGCGCACUCUGUUCGACUGGUACAAGCGGCAGAACGGGAUGGAGGACGAGUCGCACGAGUACAGGCCCCGCGCCAACACCAAGUCCAAAAAUGAUGAGCAGCAGAAGGAUUUCCUACUUGAAAGGAGGGAUCUGGCCAUUGACUUCAUCUUUUCCCUGGUUCUUAUUGAAGUUUUAAAGCAGAUCCCUCUUCAUCCAGUUCUGGACAGUUUGAUUCUGGAGGUUAUUAACCUGGCGUUCAAGCACUUUAAAUACAAAGAAGGAUACCAUGGCCCCAGUGUGGUCAACAUGCACAUUGUGGCUGACCUCUACGCUGAAGUCAUAGGAGUCUUAGCCCAGUCUAGGUUCCCCGCCGUGAAGAAGAAGUUCAUGGCAGAGCUGAAAGAGCUCCGGCAGAAGGAGCAGAGCCCUGCCGUGGUUCAGAGCACCGUCAGCCUCAUCAUGGGCGUCAAGUUCUUCCGCAUCAAGAUGUACCCCGUGGAGGACUUCGAGGCCUCCUUCCAGUUCAUGCAGGAGUGUGCUCAGUACUUCCUGGAAGUAAAGGACAAAGACAUCAAGCACUCCUUAGCUGGCCUCUUCGUGGAAAUUUUAGUUCCCGUGGCAGCGGCUGUGAAAAACGAGGUGAAUGUACCCUGUCUGAGGAACUUUGUGGAGACCCUCUAUGACAUCACUCUGGACCUGUCAACCAGGAAGAAGCACUCACUGGCCCUGUACCCUCUGGUGACCUGCCUGCUAUGUGUCAGCCAGAAGCAGCUCUUCCUCAGUCGGUGGCACGUCUUCCUCAACAACUGCCUCUCCAACCUGAAGAAUAAGGACCCCAAAAUGGCCCGGGUGGCUCUGGAAUCGCUGUACCGCCUCCUCUGGGUUUACAUGAUCCGAAUCAAAUGUGAGAGCAACACAGCGACCCAGAGCCGACUCAACACCAUCAUCUCAAACCUGUUCCCCAAGGGGUCCCGUAGCGUGGUUCCUAGGGACAUGCCGCUCAACAUCUUCGUCAAGAUCAUCCAGUUUAUUGCACAGGAAAGACUUGACUAUGCCAUGAAAGAGAUCAUCUUUGACCUACUUUGUGUUGGCAAACCAAUGAAAGCUUUCAACCUUAACCCAGAGAGGAUGAACAUUGGCCUCAGAGCAUUCCUGGUUAUUGCCGACAACUUGCAGCAGAAGGAUGGAGAGCCCCCCAUGCCGAACACCGGGGCCACACUGCCCUCAGGAAAUACACUCAGGGUGAAGAAGACCUAUCUGAGUAAGACCCUGACUGAGGAAGAAGCCAAACUCAUCGGCAUGGCCAUGUACUAUUCGCAGGUGCGCAAGGCCAUCGACAGCAUCCUGCGGCACCUCGACAAGGAGGUGGGCAGGUGCAUGAUGCUGACCAACGUGCAGAUGUUGAACAAGGAGCCGGAGGACAUGAUCACAGGGGAACGGAAGCCAAAGAUCGAUCUCUUCAGGACGUGUGUCGCUGCGAUCCCUCGUAUCCUACCCGACGGCAUGUCCAAGCUGGAGCUCAUUGACCUGCUGGCUCGGCUGACAGUCCAUAUGGACGACGAGCUGCGGCUUAUUGCCCAGAACUCCCUGCAAAGCCUGCUGCUGGACUUCCCGGACUGGCGGGAGGAUGUUCUGUUCGGCUUCACCAGCUUUGUGCUCCGGGAAGUGCAGGAUACCCACCAAGGCCUACUGGACUCAUCCCUCAAGCUGCUUCUGCAGCUGUUGACGCAGUGGAGGAUGGCACUGCAGACACCCAGCAAGGCCCACGAGGCGGCCAGGGCCCGUUCUUCUGAGCUGCUGCAGUCGGGCCCCUCCAGUCAGGGCCCCCAUGGUCUGGUCCUGCAUGCUGUGGAAGGCCUGGCCCUUGUGCUGCUCUGCUCCUGUCAGACGGGCACCCGGAAGCUGGCCGUCACCAUCCUCAAGGAGAUCCGCUGCCUCUUCGCGACCAUCGGACAGGCGGAAGACGAUGACAAGCCCAUGAUUGAGGUCUUGGAUCAGCUGAGCUCAGCGGCUUUGGAGAGCUUCGUCCACGUGACCGUGUCCGACUCGGCCAACUUGAUGCUGGGCCACCAAGUGGACCUCCUGGGGCUGGUGGAGUGGAACGCCGUGCUGGUGAACAGCCCGUACGACGUGCGCAGCCCCUCGCACGUGUGGAUCUUCGCCCAGUCGGUGAAGGACCCCUGGGUGCUGUGCCUGUACAGCUUCCUGCGCCAGGACGGCCUGCCCAAGCACUGCCCCACGGCGCUCAGCUACGCCUGGCCCUACGCCUUCACACGCCUGCAGCUGCUCAUGCCCCAGGUGGACCCCACAAACCCUCUUUAUGCCAAGAAAACAAGCUCAGCAAGUGGAGGGGACAACCUGGUGACCUUGUGGAGGAACUAUCUUAUCCUCUGCCUGGGCGUGGCCAAGCCCAGCAUCAUGAGUCCAGGACACCUGCGGGCGUCCAUGCCUGAGAUCACGGCCAUCACACCCGACGGCAAUGUCGGCUGUGACACCAAGGUGAUCGGCAUGCCCUCUGUGGCCUGCUUGCUGAAGCAGCUGGUCCUGCUGAUGAGGGCAGAGAGCAUCGAGGUCACCGAGUCACUGGUGCUGGGCUUGGGACGCACCAAUACUCUGGUGUUCAGGGAGCUUAUAGAGGAACUCCAUCCCUUAAUGAAGGAAGCUUUGGAACGAAGACCGGAGAACAAGAAACGCCGCGAGAGGCGAGAUCUGCUGCGGCUGCAGCUUCUGAGGAUUUUCGAGCUGCUGGCCGACGCUGGUGUCAUAAGUGACAGCACCAACGGGGCCCUGGAGCGAGACAGCCUGGCCCUGGGGGCCCUCUUUCUGGAGUAUGUCGAUCUCACCCGCAUGCUGCUGGAGGCCGAGAAUGACAAAGACAUGGACGUCCUCAAGGACAUCCGGGCUCACUUCAGUGCCAUGGUGGCGAACCUCAUCCAGUGUGUCCCCGUCCACCACCGGCGCUUCCUGUUCCCCCAGCAGAGUCUGAGGCAUCACCUCUUCAUCCUCUUCAGCCAAUGGGCGGGGCCCUUCAGCGUCAUGUUCACCCCGUUGGAUCGUUACAGCGACCGGAACCACCAGAUAACUCGAUACCAGUACAGCGCCCUCAAGGCAAUGUCAGCUGUCCUGUGCUGCGGACCUGUGUUCGACAAUGUCGGUCUCUCUCCAGAUGGCUACCUGUACAAGUGGCUGGAUAAUAUCUUGGCCUGCCAGGACCUGAGGGUCCACCAAUUAGGCUGUGAAGUGGUUAUCUUACUGUUAGAGCUCAACCCAGACCAAGCAAACCUUUUCAAUUGGGCCGUGGACCGCUGCUUCACCGGGUCCUACCAUCUGGCCUCUGGCUGCUUCAAGGCCAUUGCCACUGUUUGUGGGAGCAGAAAUUACCCAUGUGACCUGGUGACCCUGCUAAACCUGGUGCUUUUUAAGGCGUCGGACACCAACAGGGAGAUCUAUGAGAUUUCCAUGCAGCUAAUGCAGAUUCUGGAAGCUAAACUGUCAGUGUACUCUAAGAGGCUCAAAGACCAGAAGUCCAGCAGCAUCCUGUACGGUACCCAUGGCCCCCUGGCUCCCCUCUACAGCAUCUCCCUGUCCCAGCUCUCCAGCCAGCUGGCCAGAAUGUACCCCCAGCUCACCUUGCCUCUUUUCUCAGAGGUCAGCCAGCGGUUUCCCACCACCCACCCCAACGGCCGCCAGAUCAUGCUCACCUAUCUCCUACCGUGGCUGCACAACAUCGAGCUGGUGGACAGUGGCCUGCUGCCCCAAGCCUCCCGGCCCUGCUCCCCCGAGGGGGGGGCAAGCAGCCGGCCUGGCAAGGAGGAUCCCUCGCAUCAUUGGCUCAGGGGCAGCGGCUGGGGCUCCCUGCAGGCUACUUCGCUGGUGCUCAACAACCUGAUGUUCAUGACCGCCAAGUACGGGGAUGAUAUCCCGGGACCCGAGAUGGAGAACGCCUGGAAUGCACUGGUCAGCAACGACAUGUGGGGAAGCAACCUGCGUACCGUGCUGCAGUUCCUGAUCAGCCUGUGUGGCGUGAGCAGCGACACCCCUCUGCUGCCCUACAUCAAGAAGGUGGUGGUUUACCUGUGUCGCAACAACACCAUCCUCACCAUGGAGGAGUUGGUGCUGGAGCUGCAGCAAACGGAACCAGUCAACCCCGUGGUGCUGCACUGUGACAACCCGCCCUUCUACCGCUUCGCGGCCAGCAACAAGUCCUCUGCUGCAGCGUCCGGUUCUACAUCCAGCAAUAACACGGUAGUGGUUGGCCAGGAGAGUUUUGUGGACGCGGAUGAAAUGAAAGUCACCAGAGAAAAUGAGGACAAGUUCAGCAAUAAGAUCCGCGUGUAUAACCGCUUGGAGUCCCGCUACAGCAACAGCUCUGGGGGGUCGUACGAUGAGGAAAAGAACGACCCGCUGCCCCCCUAUGCCAGCUGGCUGAUGACCGUGCUGGAGACCAACCAGCCACACCCGCUGCCCAUGCCCACAAACGGGGGGUGCUGGGCGCCGCUGGUGGACUACCUGCCAGAGACCAUCACUCCUCGGGGACCCCUGCACAGGUGUAACAUCGCCGUGAUCUUCAUGACGGAGAUGGUGGUCGACCACAGUGUGAGAGAAGACUGGGCCCUGCACCUUCCCCUGCUGCUCCAUGCUCUCUUUCUGGGACUGGACCACUAUCGACCAGAGGUGUUUGAGCACAGCAAGAGGCUGCUUCUCCACCUCCUCAUCACAUUGUCCUGCAACAACAACUUCCAGGUCAUCGCUUCAGUCCUCCUGCUCACCAGAGAGAUAACAGCGAGCAAGACCCUAACGUCCAGAGCCAGUUACCAGCCGGAAUACCUCUGCACAGGAGGCUUCGACUUCCUGCGGGAGUGCCAGGCCUCCCCGGUGCCGGACUCGGGCCUCAGCUCCUCCUCCACCUCCUCCAGCAUCAGCCUGGGCAGCAGCAGCGGAAACCUGCCGCAGACCUCGCAGGAGACGGACGACCUGGAGGAGUCGCCGGCCGAAGCUGACGAGAAGACCAACAAGCUCAUGGAGUUCCUCACCACCAGGCCAUUUGGACCAUUGUGGUGCCAUGAGGACAUCACACCCAAGAACCAGAACUGCAAAAGCACCGAGCAGCUGUCAAACUUCCUUCGCCACAUUUUGUCCGUGUUUAAAGAGUCCAAGUCAGACUUCCACCUGGAGAAGCAGCUGAGUGACGUGGCUUUGCAGACUGCCCUGUAUAGCUCCUCGCGGCAUUACGCCGGACGCUCCUUCCAGAUCUUCAGGGCCCUGCAGCAGCCGCUGUCGGCGCGCGCCGUCUCCGACCUCCUCUCUCGCCUCGUGGAGGUGGUGGGCGAGCAUGGCGACGACAUGCAGGGCUAUGUGAUGGAGGUCCUGCUCACGCUCGAGUCAGUGGUGGACAACUUGGCAGAGUGUUUGAAGAACAAUGAUCUGAUGGCUGUCUUAUCCAGGGCUGCCUCCCCAGACUUCCUGAGCAAUGCAAAACUGAGGUCAAACAGAAAGAGUACAGGUCAGCUGGAUCUGUACCAGCAGGGGGCAGGCAUGAGCAGGGCAGAACGCGACCGCCACCAGCGCAGUUACUCCGUGCCCAAGAAGUUCGGAGAGGAUGACCGGUUCUCGGAUCCUCCGAGCAGCACCCCACUGGAGCGGAUUCAGGCCAGUGGGCAGCUGGGCAGCCUGACGAAAGCCCACAGCCUCGCGUCCUGCAAGGACAGCGUCGGUGACCCGGCCAGCAUCAACCACCCCUGCAACCUGCUGGCCACCAUCUUCUGGGUGGCGGUGUCGCUGAUGGAGUCCGACUUCGAGUUCGAGUACCAGAUGGCCCUGCGCAUGCUUCACAAGCUGCUGUCGCACAUGCCGCUGGACCAGCCUGAGAACCGGGAGAAGCUGGAGAAGCUGCAGGCCCAGCUGCAGUGGAACGGCUUCACGGGGCUCCAGCAGCUCCUGCUCAAGGGCUUCACCUCGGCGGCCACACUCGACCUCACGCUGCAGCUCUUCCGGCAGCUCACACCCGUGUCCCGCGUUCCCGUGGUGGACACCUCACAGGCCAUAGGUUUCCCCUUGAAUGUUCUGUGUCUGCUCCCUCACCUCGUCCAGCAGUUCGACACCCCAACUCUGUUCUGCAAAGAUGUCGCUGAGAGAAUAGCUCAGGUCUGCCUGGAAGAAAACAACACCAAGCUGGCAAACCUGGCCCAUGUGAUGACCCUGUACAAAACGCACUCCUAUACCCGGGACAGCUUCUCCUGGGUCAGCGUGGUCUGCCGCUACUUGCAUGAAGCCUUCUGUGACAUUACCCUCAACAUGGUCACCUACAUGGCUGAGCUGUUGGAAAAGGGACUUCCCAGCAUGCAGCAGUCCCUACUGCAGAUUAUCUACAGUCUGCUGAGUCACAUGGACCUUGGCGGAGUCCAGGUUAAGCCUUUCAACAUGGAGGUGCUCAAGACUAUUGAGAAGUUUGUUCAGACGCCACACUGGAAGGAGGCCCUGAACAUCCUGAAGCUGGUGGUGUCCCGAUCGGCCAGCCUAGUUCUGCCAUCCUAUACUCACGGAGACCUUUCCCACGUGGACGUCGGCCGAGUGUGGGAUGGCUCAUCCAAGGCCCUGCCGGGGAAGACGCUGGACUUCCACUUCGACAUCUCGGAGACACCAGUGAUCGGCAGGCGCUACGAUGACCUGCAAGGCUCCCCGGGACGAAACGGCAAGAGCAGGCCCGUCACAGUGACCCGCAGCACCUCCUCCACCUCAUCGGGGUCCAACUCCAACAGCGUUCUGGUGCCGGUCAGCUGGAAACGGCCACAGCUGUCUCAGAAGAGGACUCGGGAGAAGCUGGUUAACGUGCUGUCCUUGUGCGGGCAGGAAGUGGGUCUGGCCAAGCACCCGUCGGUGAUCUUCUCGUCCUGUGGGGAGCUGGACCUCCCUGAUCAUCAGCCCAGCCUGGUUUCCUCCGAGGACGGGGCGCGUGAACCAGACAACAUGGACGACACCACUUCCGAGCAGCAGUUCCGUGUCUUCAGGGACUUUGACUUCCUAGACGUGGAGCUGGAGGAUGGAGAGGAACUCCAGGGCGAGAGCGUGGACAAUUUUAACUGGGGAGCACGGCGACGCUCCAUGGACAGCCUGGACCAAGGCGACUCGCUGCCACCGCUGGAGGAACGCCAGCACUUGGGCAGCAUGCCCAGCCUGGGCCAGCCCGCCCCCGAAGACUCUGACGAGUCAUCGGAGGCAGAGUCGCUAACGGCUAGCCAGAUCCUCUCUCACUCGCAAAUCCGACAGUCUGCAAGGACUCUUGCUGUAUUCCGGCAGAUCAUGAACCUCUCCCCCACUGAAGAGGCCAGUCACACGGACUCUCUGUCCACCUCCUUUGACACAACGUCAGCCGAGCCUCUCUCCCUGAACACUCGGACUCCCAGUCUGGAAAUCUCUCCACCGGAAGACCUGAACCAGCCGACUGAUGUGUCCGGGGACGAUGAUGACACCAAUGCCCACGAGGAUGGCCUCUCGCUCUCCAUCAGUGACCUCGUACCUGGCUUCCAUGGUGGCACCAGCAUCGUGUUGGAUAUGGGAUGUGGGGAGCAAGACCUGGACCCAGGCCUUCUAACCAGCCUGGCCGAGGAGGACAAAGACGAGCUGCUGGAGUCGCGCUCCUCGCCGCUGCCGUCUCCGUUCUUCUCCGCCAUCCUGGCUGCGUUCCAGCCGGCCGCAUGCGAUGACGCAGAGGAGGCCUGGCGCUGCCACAUAAACCAGCUGGCAUCCGACAUGGACGGCUCCUGUGCUGCCUACACCUUCCACAUCUUCUCCUCACUUUUCCAGAACAUUCAGAAGAAAUUCUGCUCGCUAACCUGUGAUGCUGCUGGUUACCUUGGUGACAGCCUACGGGGUAUAGGGGCCAAGUUUGUGAGGUCAUCCCAAAUGCUGACAUGCUCUGAGUGCCCCACACUCUUUGUAGAUGCUGACACUAUCAUCUCAUAUGGGUUACUGGAGAAGCUGAAGUUCAGUGUCUUGGAGCUUCAGGAGUACCUGGACACUUACAAUAACAGAAAAGAGGCUGCAGUAUCUUGGUUACGAAACUGCAAGGCCAGCUUCCCCAAGGCCUCAGGGAACAGAGUGAUUACCUGCCAACCAAGGGAUUCAGAAGAAAAGCAACUGGAGUUGUGUCAAAGGCUGUACAAGCUCCACUUCCAGUUGCUGCUGCUCUUUCAGUCUUACUGUAAGCUGAUUGGUCAGGUUUACGCCAUCAGCUCUGUUCCAGAGCUGUUGAACAUGUCCCAGGAGCUGAGUGACUUAAGGAGCAAUUUAAGAGCUGCAGCUGCAUCUGUAGUUGCCAAAGAGAGCCCUUCACUGGACCCCAUUUUCAGCUCCUCUGAGGCAGCCGUGCAGGCCGUCCUGGAAAGCCUGAAAAACAAUCAGCUCACAGCCACCAUCCAAUACAUCCGUCACUGCAGGAGGACUUGGCCCAAUGACAUCUUUGGCAGCAAUUCUGAAGACGAGGUCCAGACCCUGCUGAAUAUCUAUUUCCGCCACCAAACACUGGGCCAGACUGGCACCUUCGCCCUGGUGGGCUCUGACCAAGACAUGUCACACAUCUGUGUCAAGUUGAUGGAGCUCAAUAGCGAGAUAAGGGACAUGAUCCAUCAGGCCCAGGGCUACAGAGUCGUUGGUACCUACCUCCCAGAUUCCAGCGUGUCAGGCACUAGUCUUUAAUGGGAGAACAUUUAGCUCAGCCCUUCCUCCUAUCUUAGGCUAUCAUUGCACCUGCAUUGGCCUGGAGAAGUUCUGGGGUAGGUUCUCCUGACCUUGCUUGGUUGGCAGGAGCUCCUGGAUGCCCGGUGUGCAGCAAUACUGUGGAAGUGAAAGGAACACAAGACUCUAUUGCAUAAAAGACUGAAUCUUUACUUUUUUUGCACUAAUAAGUAUGUAUGAAGUCACAAAGUCACAUGGUGGCUGUGGCAGCUGCUGGGAUCAGUGACUACCACCCCUAACAAAGACAUAUACCAAAGUUAUAUUAACUUAUUCUUCUGCAGAUGUUUGCCAUUUUUAAUGUUUAGGGAAAACGUGCAAUGCUUCACGUGAGUGAAAAAAACUUACUAUACCAUUCAAAGAAUGUUUUUUUUUCUAAUUAUAGUGCUUCUGGCUACUUGAAUUUCUAAGGAACUGAGAAAGAGGCAUAUUGUUUCAUUUGUUAUUACUUGGCGAAGGUGGAGAGCGUGUUUAUAUGUGCACCAAACUGUAACCAGAUUAUCAUCCAUCGCACACUGUAGCACGUUCAUUUAUGAACAUACAUGCUGAACUACUUUGACACUACAGCAAAGAUGCUGUCAUUCAAUAUUUCUGUUGGUCACUUAUCAGUUGCUACAUUCAUCUUCCAUAUGCAUUUUGCUGGUGUUUUUUCUCUAUAGUUCUUAGCUUCUACAGUUAUUUAUAUUAAAACAACAUGCAUUUAACUUAGUAGUUUUAUAGGAUAUAAAGAAACAAUGUUCUAUCUAUUAAAACUGCCAAGCAUGCAUAUUUUAUGUUUUAUGAAAUGUAUUAGAAAUAUUUAUAAACAAAAGAAAUUAUUUUAACUGAAAGAUACAUUUGUAUAUACUACAGAGAGAGCUUUGUUGGUAAAAUAUUUUUUAAUUUGCGAUGAAAUAAACUGCGUGAAAACAUGAAAAAGGAGAAAGGAACACUUUUAAAGCUUCCAUAAGAAUUUUCACAGUUGGUUUCUCAACUUGUAAAUACUUUUGCUUUUGUGAAGUAAUUUUGGUUGAUGUUCUGUAAACUUAUGUAACAAAAUAAAAAUCCAAAAUGCUGAACAAUAA